UGUGAAUUUUGUUUGAAAAUCAAGUGAAAAAUGAUUGUAAAUGCAAAAUUUUGCUUUUCAUUAAUUGUGUUCACAAUCCUGACGUCCGAAAAUGUUAUUGCUAAAAUAAGACAAUAUUAUGGUGACGAGGAUGACGGAUAUGGUAGAUAUGAGGAAAAGCGUGGGUAUGCCGUUGGCAAUAAACCUUUAAUUAUAAUGGGAAAAGACGCAAACAUCAAGGACUUUCCAUACGUGGUAUUUAUGACUGGAAUUAAUGAAGAGGGCGAAGGGAACGAGGAGAUCAGUGAAGAAGGGGGUGAUAAUUUAUGGGGUUGUACUGGUCUCAUAUUGACGUCAACUGUUAUCCUGACAAAUGCAAAAUGUCUUACACCCGAUAUUUACGAUAUAACUAUGAAUAGAACUCUAAGUUUUACGAAUGCAUACAUUAAAGCUGGAGUGACAAACCGUGAUGAUCCCAGAGCAAAAAAAAUAUUCUUUACAAAAGGGAUUGUUCAUACAAAUUAUAGCGUUAAUCAUAAUAAGCACAUGCAAUAUAACGUGGCGUUAGUCAAGCUGAACAAGCCACUAUGCAAGUCCAAAACCAUUCAACCUUUGAAGUUUGCAACUGAAGCAGAUUUUGAACAAGCAAAUAAAAUUGGAACGGUUCUUGGUUGGGGUUGGACGAAAGCGAUUGCUGGCUCUAUCUCAAACACGUUACAACAAAUUAAAUUGAAAAAAGUGCCAGACGAUGAAUGUGAUAUACUAACCGAUAACUUUAUGGGUGAUGAUAUGUUUUGUACCAUGAAUUUGAAUAAUACAUUUGAGGGAGGACUGUGUAAGGGAGAUUUUGGAGGACCGUUUAUUGUAAAUAACAAAGUAUAUGCGAUUGGAGCAACAUGGGUUAGUGGAUGUACAUCCGCAAAUUAUUUUGUUAAUGUAGCAGACCCUGAAGUUAAAUCUUGGAUAAAAAAGACGUGUUUGAAGCUACACUACGAAACGUCAAGGAAAAGAAGACCAAAUCGCCCAAAUCGUAGACCAUUAAAUAAAUAG